AUGGCGAAAGAUCGCAAGAUGGAAGGCCUGGACAAGGCCACUGCUAUCCCACGGCUAGCUGAGCUCCUACGACAUCCGGAAGAUUUGGACAAACUACCCGCAUUGAAGCUCGAAUACCAGCACAAGAAGGUCGCAGUAGACGCACAGCUUCGCGAAGGUCUACGAGAACAACUCGAGAAGGUGCAACGAAGUCUAUCCGUGUUGACGGAAGGUCAGAGACAGGUUUUCAAAACUCGCGACGAGCUUCAGGGUAUCGAUAAACUAUGUGCAGAGUCGCAGGAGACGGUGGAGGAUUUCUCGCAGAUCGAUAAAUUGGCAAGGGUGCAACGGAAUUUUGAGGCUGUGGUUAUGAUGAAGAAGGGAUUGGAGAACUUCGAUGCAAAUUUAGCGAAAGCUGAGGCUCUACUUCGGGAUGAUGACGAUGAUCUGGAGAAUCAGCCUAAUUUAUUGAAAGCGCAUAUAUUGAUUUCGCAGUUACGGGAUUUUCGUGAUGAAGCGUUGGAUCAGAUUCGAAGAGCUAAGGAUUCGAGUAGUGAGACUACGUUACUGGAUUAUUUUCAAGGUUUGGAUGCGGUGAUUGAGUGGUUUGAUGAUCACGUUGGAACUGCCUGCAUGAAUCUGAUUCCGCUUCUACAGUCUGAUAAUAAUGGCAUGGUAGUGAGGCUGGCUCUCGUGAUUGCAAAAGAAGAAAAAAACGACGAGCACGUCCAAGCAUUGCAGGAGGCUCAAAGAGACCACGAAGAACUAGCAAACAGGUUCAAGUCUAUGAAUAUCGGACCGAAGACGGUCAGAGGCUACAAGGAGAAAUUCCUGCAGGCUAUUGAGUUUUAUGCUCAGAACCAGUUUGAUGCUGCCAAGGAGGAUUUCCUAGGAGAUCCAGACAGUCUUGAGAAGAGUCUGAAGUGGUUCUUCAAUGACCUCUUCACCGUUCAGCAAGGCAUGCAACAGCUUAUGCCAAAGAGGUGGAAGAUAUACGCUACUUAUACGAAGACAUAUCACCGGAUGAUGCACGAUUUUCUUAUCGGUCUCGUCGAUGAUCCUGAAUUACCACCAGACAAUUUAUUAGCAAUCCUUCACUGGACGCCGAAAUAUUACAAGAAGAUGUCCAAACUAAGCUGGAAGCCGGCAGACCUGGUACCGAAUGUUUUGGAUGAUCGUGAACCAGAACUCGUUCGCCAGUGGCAGAGUGUUAUUCUCAAUGCCGUGGACGAGUGGAUGGAUCGUAUAUUUGCUGCGGAUAAGAAAGCGCUUCUGGAACGCUCGUCGGAUGCCCUGGAGACGAAUUCAGAUGGAUACUUCCGUACGAAGAUGUUGGGAGAUAUGUGGCGAAUGCUCAAUGAGCAGAUUGGGGCUGCGUCUGCGUCUGAUCGUGCUGAUGUUAUUGAAGGCAUUAUUGAUUCGAUGUUCCGAGCUCUAAAGGCCCGACAGACAGCGUGGCAGACGGUUCUUGACGAAGAAUGUGCCAAAUAUAAUAAUACUAACCCCGAUCAGGCCGAAGGAUUGCAACCUCUGCAAGACUGGCUGGUCGCCGUGGCAAACGAUCAGAUUGCCUGCAUCGAUGACAACGAAGAUACCGGUCAGGUAGGCUAUUUGACUCGCUUCAAACGGGAUAUCGAGUCACUUGUCACACCGCAAUACAUGGAUGAGAGAGCUUCAGUCGAACUGGACUCUCUUCGAAAUGGAUACGUGGAUCUUAGUACCCACUGUCUAAGUCAGUUUGUUAACCUCAUCUUUGUCGUUGACUUCCGUACCACACUCCCCGAUUUCUUCACGGCCAAGUGGUACGGCGAGUUUGCUAUCAAGCGCAUGACCUCGACUUUUGAGGACUACAUGUCAGACUACGGCUCGGUCUUACACCCAUCACUCAGCGAAAUCUUCAUCGAGGAGUUAUCAGAUGAGCUGCUCGUGCGAUACCUAUCAGCCGUUCGCAACCGCGGUGUCAAAUUCCGUCGCCAAGACCCCUUCACUGAGAAAUUCAAAGACGACAUCCUCACCGUCUUUGCAUUUUUCCAAAACUUCCCGGACUCCUUCCAAAGCAAUAUCAAGAAUAAAUGGCGUCUUGUCGACUGGCUUGUUCGAUUACUCGAAGCCGAAAAGGGCGCUGGUAUUGUGAAUGUCUACGAAGCACUCAAAACCGAGUACUGGGAUUUGCAGAUGUCCUGGGUUGAGGCCGUGCUGCGCUCUCGUGACGAUUUCGAGCGGUCGAUGAUUAGUGCCGUUAAAGCCAAGGCUGCUGAGCUGAAUGUUGAGAGGGGUUUGGAGACUAUUAUGAGUAAGGUGAAGUAAUAGUUCUCCUUUGUCAUGACCUUUUCUACGACCGGGUAGUACCGUAGCAGUACUCCUAUAUCCUGGGAUAGUUUAAUUGCGGGAACUUGUUUGGCAUCGUGGAAAUUUCAGGGGGCGUUGGGGCGUGUGAGCGCAUGCAUGUCUUUGUAGUUUAAUGUAUAUAAGCAUAAUGUUAAGUGUGGCGCUAAAUGCUUUGUGUGACUCUCAGUGUGACACGGCUUUUGUUCUUAUGGUCAGCCUCACAAAGCCCUAAUUCGAGUCCCGAGGCGUCGGGUUACAUUCAGAUUUCUUAGGGCAACAAGCCGCAGUGUUAGAAGUUGGAUAUUAUUAAGUUAGUACUAUCACGGUCUAUUUUAUUUUGUUUCAU